AGAGGUCAAAGGACAGAUGACAACAAGAUCUGCCGGGAAUGCGUGGGCUCCCCGGACCGCUACGACUGGCUGUACCUGGGCUUCAUGGCCAUGCUUCCCCUGGUGUUGCACUGGUUCUUCAUUGAGUGGUACUUGGGAAAAAAGAGCUCCAGGGCACUGCUGCAGCACCUGACAGCCCUGCUGGAGUGUGGUGGUGCUGCCGUGCUGACGCUGCUGGCCAGCGACCCGCCGGGCUCGCCGCACCUGCGCUCCUGCCGGGUGAGGAAGCUCUCAGACUGGUACACCAUGCUGCACAACCCCAGCCCCGACUACCUCACCACCCUGCACUGCACCCAGGAGGCCGUCUACCCCCUGUACACCAUUGUGUUUAUCUACUACGCCUUCUGUCUGGUUUUGAUGAUGCUACUUCGGCCUCUUCUGGUUAAGAAAAUUGCCUGUGGUUUAGGAAAGUCUGAUCGGUUUAAAAGCAUUUAUGCGGCACUGUACUUCUUCCCCAUCCUCACCAUGCUCCAGGCCGUUGGAGGGGGCCUGCUCUAUUACGCCUUCCCAUACAUCGUACUGGUGUUGUCUCUGGUCACACUGGCCGUGUACAUGUCUGCUUCUGAAGUGGAGUCUUUCAAGGAUCUUCUUGUCAGAAAGAAAAGGCUUGUUGUCCUCUUCAGCCACUGGUUACUUCACGCCUAUGGAAUCAUCUCCAUUUCCAAACUGGAUAAGCUUGAGCAGGACCUGCUGUUGCUCGCCUUGGUCCCUGCCCCUACCCUCUUCUACCUCCUGACAGCGAAGUACACGGAGCCCUCACGCAUACUCUCAGAGGGUGGAAAUGGACAUUAAAAGGAGCCUGUGCCAACGACGCUGUCCUGAUGAUCUGUAUAAGCAAUUCUAAAGCUUGUUACACUUUGGAAACUUCUGGUUUAAAGGAACUUAUUUAUAUACAAGACUUAGAGGCG